UGCAUACCAAGUGCUUUCUUAUGUACACAUGAAAAAGUGCUGGGAUGGAGGAUUUCUGCAAUGGAUCAGUUUUAUGGAAUACCACCCUAACAUGGAGGAACAGCUGGCCAGAAUUCACAGACUGCUUUCAGUUUACUGUGUUGAUCUGGGUGGCCAGUGGAUGGCUGUGGAUUACCUCCCCUUUUUAUAUCUAUUACUUGACAAUACAAAAAGACUGUCCCAACCCCAUAACUCUCAAGUUUGUCGCAAAAGCAGUUUUAACUCUAUGUUCCCUUACCCCUGUAAUUAUAGAAAUAGUAUCAACGACUCAUGAUUGGUCAGCAUCAAACUCUUUUUUGAAAGCCUGGUUGAUUGGGCCAUGUAUAGAAGCAAUUACGCUGCUUUUAGUUUUGCUGUACAUAUUCCUAGAGAGACAGAAAGGAUUUGUGACUUCAGGGGUGCUGUUCAUGUAUUGGACCAUUAAUAUUAUUACAUGUAUUAUUCCAUUCUACCAUAUGAUCAACACAAAGGAAUACAAGGAUAAGCCUUUGAGUUUUAGUGUCUUUAAUGUUUAUUUUGGUCUGGCCAUUCUUCAGGGGAUCCUUUACUGCACAGCAGACAAAUCCAGCAAACCUCAAACAGAGAAAGAAUGUCCAGAGCUACGAGCGUCAUUUCUAUCUCGAAUAACAUUUUGGUGGAUAAACAGUUUGAUGAUUUCUGGCUACAAAACAUCGGUGACAGAGGAUAUCUUUUUAUUAAAUCCAAGAGAACAGUCCAAAACUGUCAUACCGAGAUUUGAGGCUAAAUGGGAGAGAGAAAAGGACAAAUUUCACGAACAAAAAAAUAAAAAAUCCCUGACAGUUUCUGUUGUGUCAGGCCCCACCACUGUGACUCAGCAUUCAAGUCACUAUACCAGCAUACAGGAGGAAACGUCAGAGAAAUCACCACUUCUGCCUAAAAGUGAAGCAGAAAAAUCAAAGAAAGAAACCAAUGUUCCAGGCCCCUCUCUGUUAAAAGUGCUCUUUAAAACGUUUGGAUGGGAACUGCUUCAUGCACAGAUUUUCAAGCUCUUUUAUGAUAUUCUUGUUUUUGUUCUUCCUCAACUUUUGAAGUACCUAAUCCAGUUUUCUGAGAAUGACCCCACUGACACCACAUGGAGGGAAGAUUGGAAAGGCUAUGUGUUGGCGGCCGGCUUUUUCCUGACCGUGCUUCUGCAGUCUGUUUUCUUCCAUCAGCUAUUCUACUGGAGUGUGGCAUUAGGACUCAGAAUCAGGGCUUGUUUAGUGUCAGCUGUGCAUAAAAAGGCUUUAACAAUGAACAACGAAGCAAAGAAAGGUUCAACUGUGGGUGAAAUUGUUAACUUGAUGUCAGUGGACACAGAGAAUAUUCAACAUUUGAUCCCUUAUCUGUGGUUAGUCUGGUCAUCUUUGCUUCAGACAGGUGUCGCCCUCUACUUCCUGUAUGACACUUUUAAAUAUGCCAUGUUUGCUGGUCUAGGAUUCAUUAUUCUUUUGUUUCCUUUCAAUGGAUUCAUCAUGAGUAAAAUGCAGACAUUGCAGAAAUCCAAGAUGAAAGAAAAAGACAAUCGAAUAAAACUCCUGACAGAAGUUCUGAAUGGUAUCAAGAUUCUGAAAUUAUAUGCCUGGGAAAUGUCCUUCAAAGACAAGAUAGAGGCAAUUCGUAAUGUGGAGUUAAGUAUCUUAAAAAAGGAGAGCAUGAUUGGUCUCUUCUUCAGUUUGUCAUGGAUAUUGGCUCCAUAUAUGGUUUCAAUGCUAACAUUCGGUGUUUAUGUUUAUACCAUUGACACACAUUUCUUGUCUCCGGAAGUGGCCUUUGUUGGAAUUACCUUGCUUAAUAUUCUACGUUUUGCUGUGAAUAUGGCACCAUACAUAAUGACAGAGGUGGUGAAAGCUGUUGUCUCACUCAAUAGGCUGAACAAUUUCCUGAACAAUCCAGAUCUGGACCCUGAGUGUGUAACACACAGUCGUAUUGGAGAUGAUGCAAUAGUCAUAAAUCAAGGCAGCUUUAUGUGGGAUCCUGAAGUUGGUGAAUGCUUGAAAAACAUUGAUCUGACUGUUGAGGAGGGUAGUUUAGUGGCCAUAGUAGGACAGGUGGGAUCAGGAAAGUCAUCCAUACUGUCGGCCAUGUUGGGAGAAAUGAUCAAGGUCAAAGGUCAAAUUAACGUCAGGGGUACUAUGGCGUAUGUUCCCCAACAAGCCUGGAUUCAGAACAACAGUGUGCAAGACAACAUUUUAUUCAGUCGGCCAAUGAGAUCUGCUUUCUACCAGAAAGUUAUCAAAGAGUGUGCUCUACAGCCAGACAUUGAUAUACUGCCAUCUGGGGACCAGACAGAAAUAGGAGAAAAUGGUGUAAACCUUAGUGGUGGACAAAAGCAGAGAGUGAGUUUGGCCAGAGCUGUAUACCAUGACACAGACAUUUAUCUCCUAGAUGAUCCUUUGUCUGCUGUAGAUUCCCAUGUUGGCAAGCAUUUGUUUGAUGAAGUUAUAGGAAAUACAGGAAUGCUUCAAAAUAAGACAAGAGUAUUGGUCACUCAUGGAAUACACUGGCUGCCAAAAGUAGAUAAGAUUGUAGUGCUGGUCAAUGGCAGUGUAUCAGAAGUUGGGACAUAUGAAGAGCUAGUGGACCAUGCUGGACCAUUCGCCGAGUUCCUCAGCACGUACCUCACUGCUGACAAAGAGAAAGAGGAAACAGAGGAGGAUCAAGAAGUUCAGGAAGCCAAGGAGAGAAUCCUACAACGACUGAUAUCUGUGACGUCCGUAACGUCGGAGGAUGACAGUGAGGACAGAGUGUCAGAAUCUGAAAGUAAGAAGACGACUUUAAUUCGUCAGCGAAGUGUGACACGUCAGCAAAGUGUGACACAGAAUGACGACAAAACAAUGGAGAAAAAGAAUAAACCUACAGAAACCCACAAACUUAUAGAAGAGGAAAAGGCUGAAAUAGGCAGUGUUAAGCUAAGUGUGUACUUGGAGUACAUUCGAGCCUUAGGAACACCUUAUUUCGUAUUAAUAUUAGCACUGUAUGUUGUGUUUAUUGCUGUUAGUAUAUUUUCCACAACUUGGGUAAGUUACUGGACAGAGAAUGCCACUCUCAAGAAUUCCUCCGUCCUCGGAAACAGUUCAAUGCGCAGGGAGAGGAAUGACUUCUACUUCGGUAUUUAUGGUGGCUUGGGAGCAGUGCAGGUUGCAUUCAUAGUAAUCAUGUUGUUCAUCUCUGUGGUCCGCAACGUUAUCGCCUCAAGGAUUCUCCACCAGAAAAUGCUAUUGAACAUUGUGCGCUCACCUAUGUCCUUCUUUGAUACGACCCCUGUGGGUCGCAUUGUAAAUAGAUUCUCUGAUGACAUCAGCACCAUUGAUGGAGAGUUGCCAAAUACAUUUUUCAUGUUUGUGGACAGCGUUUUGAUGGUUUUGGGAGCAUUAAUCGUCAUCUCAUUCAGUACUCCCAUAUUUAUGACAGUUAUUCUGCCUUUGGGGAUUCUUUAUUUUCUUGCACAGAGAUUUUACAUUGCAACCUCCCGUCAGCUAAAACGAUUAGAGUCGAAGACGCGUUCUCCUAUCUACAGCCAUUUUGGUGAGACCGUCACUGGAGCGAGUGUCAUUCGAGCCUUUGGAUUACAGAACGAGUUUAUUCUUGAGUCCCAAAAACGAGUAGAUAAAAACCAGGUGUUCACUUUUGCCAGUAACACUGCUAAUAGGUGGCUUGGAUUCAGGUUGGAUCUCCUGGGAAAUUUUGUAGUUCUGGCGGCAGUCAUUUUUGCUGUUCUGGCCAGAGAUACGAUACCGGGAGGAAUAGUUGGACUCUCUAUUUCCUAUGCUCUACAGAUCACUGAGAAUCUGAACUGGCUAGUGAGGAUGUUCUCGGAGCUGGAGACUAACAUUGUGGCCGUGGAGAGGGUAUCGGAAUACACCAAGACACCAACCGAGGCUGGCCUUGAAAAUCCCUAUCAUCGACCUUCACAUGAUUGGCCGACAAAAGGUGUUGUGGAGUUCAGAAACUACUCCACUAGGUACAGAAGUGGCCUUGACCUGGUACUGAAAAAUGUCAAUUUCAAGGUCAAUGUCUCAGAAAAGGUUGGAAUAGUGGGAAGAACAGGAGCCGGAAAGUCUUCCUUGACCUUGGCACUUUUCCGGUUAAUUGAACCAACAUCUGGUUCUAUUAUCAUUGAUAAAGAAAAUCUUUCUCACAUGGGUUUGCACGACUCCAGGUCACGAUUAACCAUACUUCCACAGGACCCAGUAUUAUUUUCUGGGACCCUGAGAAUGAACUUGGACCCGAUGAGUCGAUACACUGACCAGACUUUGUGGGAGGCCCUGGAGCAUGCUCAUCUGAAGGACUUUGUCCAGACAUUGCCCACUGGCCUGGAGUAUGACUGCGGAGAAGGGGGGCAAAAUCUCAGUGUUGGACAGAAGCAGCUUCUCUGUUUAGCUCGAGCACUCUUACGCAAGACCAAAAUUCUCAUUCUGGAUGAAGCUACAGCAGCAGUUGACAUGAAAACGGAUGAACUCAUCCAGAAUACUGUUAAACAGGAGUUCCGUGAUUGCACAGUUCUGACCAUAGCACAUCGUCUGAACACAGUAAUAGAUUAUGACAGGAUUAUGGUACUGGAGCAGGGUGUAGUAAGAGAAUUUGAUAGUCCCCAGACAUUACUACAAAAAACUGACAGCUUGUUUUAUCAGCUGGCAAAGGAUGCUGGGAUUAUUUGAGACAAAGAAUGCUAGGAUUGUUUGAGGCAAAGGAUGCUGGAAUUUUUUUAUAUUGGGAAACAUACCAAACCAAGCACUGACAUAGUAUUUUUUUUUUAAAUGAUAUUUCUAAA